AUGGAAUUGGAGUACGUAAAGUUUAGCCUGAAAACAAUGAAGCCGGACGCAUUUCAUGUCAAGCUUCAUUUUCUCUCGAAACGUGCAAUUUAUAAUCCAAUCCCUCUACCUGUCGCUCCAGCCGGAACUGGCGAGGCAGAUAGAGUAUCUCGAGAAAAUAAGGCUAAUGCAGAAACAGAUCAAGAGCGCAACAACUUUGUGAAACGAAUGAAUAAAAGACCAAUGCCAAAGUGGAUUCGGAUUAAGCUCUUAGAGCAGCCGGCAAACGCCACUCUUAAUGACGCAUUGCGCAUAUCGGCAGAUCACUUUCUAUUUUUCAACAACAUGAGAUCAGCAGACGACAUAACUAGCGACGGCCUAAUUGAGGUCCAGGCUGAUGUAACAGAAUACCUAGUCAGCGCACUAUUGAUUUGCCUGUUUUGUGGCUUAGUUUAUGUUGGUGAGUAUAGUGAGUGGUGCAGAGUGCAGCUUUGGUUCUUAGUGCAGUGUCAGUGUGAGUUCAGAUUGCUGAGGGGAGGCGUGAUGUAUCAGUUGUUUACUUCAAUGGUGGCACUCGUGCUGCUCUGCGGUGAGACUCUGGUGCUGCUCUUCAGGGCCAUCAUCUUCUCACUUCAAGCUCUACUGAACAACUGGAUUUUGCCAUCGAAUGCGAUAGAGGAGGACUAUUUGAAGGGUCAGAAAGUGCUGCUCACUGGCUCGGCAGGAGGUGUGGGGUCAGCUCUGGCUGAGAAACUGGUGGAGCAUGGCGCAUUCCUCAUCCUCGUCGACAGAGAGUACGAGCGAAACAGACUCAUCUCCAAACAGGUAAAGAGCAAGGGCGGCAAGUGUGUGAGCUAUGUGUGCGAUAUCUCCCAGCGCAAAGAUGUAAUGGAGCUCAUUGACGGCAUCAGAAGGGAUGUGGGAACAGUAGACAUGAUAAUAAACAAUGCGGGUGUGGUGGACGGGGAGCUGAUAACGGAUCUGAAUGAAAAUGUGUUUCUGAAGACUUUCCAGGUCAACGUUCUCUCGCACUUCUGGCUCAUCAAAGCAUUCCUGCCAGACAUGAUAGCGAGGAAGAGUGGCCACAUAGUGACCGUAGGCAGUGUGGUGUCGCAACUUGCAGUGGCCCAGCUGCCUGCCUAUUGCACGAGCAAGGCAGCCGCAGGGGCACUUCUGGAGGCAGUAUCCACUGAUUUGCACCGGAUGGGGGGCAACAGGGGCAUCUACACUACUCUAAUUUGUCCCGGACACAUCGACACGGAGAUGUUCCGCAAUGUCUUCAUUCGUUUUCCCUCCCUCACCCCCACAUGGAGUGCAGACAGAGCUGCUCAAGGAAUCAUAGAUGCGAUUAGGAGAAAGCAGCCGGUGGCCUACUUGCCCCGCAGAUACUUCUUCGCAGUGGUGUUGAAGCACUUCCUCCCCACCAAAGUCUACUGGCUCAUGCACAACUUCCUCAAGACACACCACGGCAUGGACACGUUCGAGGGAAAGAAGCUCAUAUGACGCCAGUUAGCAGACCUCGCGACACAACACAAUCAGAAUGUUGUAGAAAUCAGUCAUAGUUUAAGCAGUACUUUUCUAUUUAAGCUUUUCUCGUGACAGAGGGGCCCAAUGGCAGAUAAUAUCCAAAGAUUUAACAUCUUUCAAAUUGUUGGAAACUUUUUUGCUUUUUUGUUACUUAGUUGGUUACUGAAUUGAGCUUUUUUUUCCAUUUAGUCCGUCUGUCAUAAGGGACAUUACCUUUUCUGUUACGCCUUCACUCGGUGCUAUUCAAUAUCCAUCCUAUUCUAUAAAAGAAAUUAUAUUUUUGCUUAGUUUAUUUUGUACAGAAA